CACGUCCGCAUCAUCUACUCAUCACGUGUUUUCCUCAUGACUCAUGAGUUAUGAACCCCCACCUCAUCGUAAUCUCAUCAAGGGCGAAGAUUCGAUAAGUUCAUAUUCCAAAGUCUUUAAAAUCGGUCCAAAAUAUAUUUCCUUACUUCUAUUGCACAACACCGUCAAACAUCCUUUCUCCGUUUCCUCGACUCGAAUCGACUUUCCCUAAAAUCUCAGUUUUCUGUUACGAAUUCAAUUCUUUUCAGUUUCUUCCGUUUCUCUCUCUCACACACACAAACACAAAGGAAGACACACACUAAACAAGAUCAGAGAUGAUGUCAAUUGAAAGGCUUUGUUCGCUUGAAAUUCUGUGUGGAGUUCAAGAAGAAGUUCUCACAACGAUGGAUCAAAUAGCUCGAAGGUUUCCGAAAAAUUCUAUACAGAGUACGCCCCGAUGUUGUAAAUUUAGGGUAGUUUUCUUCUAAGUACAAUACAAUCAGAUAAUCAUCAGGAGUGACUUCUGGAAUUUUUCGUCAAUUUUAUGUUUUAAAUUUGGAAGAUCGUAUAUCCGAAUCGGUUUUUAUCACUUUUUUUACGUUGCUAAAAAACUCUUCGUUUUCUUAGUUGUAAGUAAUAGUUAGAAGUUUCGGUGGAAUUAUAUAAUCCUAGGGUUUCGUAUGUGCUCUUUCCUUUCUAAGAUCUGAUAGUUCUGGUUGGCGUUGCUGUUUAAGCUUUUAGAUAAGUAAAUUGAAUGGCGGGAAGUAGUAGUGCGUUAGGGUUCCCGAAGAGUCAAUGCUGUAGCAGUUUAAGAGAACAAUUGGCGAGAACUACAUUGCGAAACGUGAGAUUAAAGGGUCACUCGUAUGUAGAGCUUAGGGAAGAUAACAAGAAGCCUAUAUUCUUCUGCGUUUUGUGUCUGUCUCCAUGCCAUAACGAUUCAGUUCUACACGAUCAUCUUCGCGGGAAUCUCCAUAAGAAGAACUAUGAAGCUGCUAAGUCUACCUUGCUGAAAGAGAAUCCUUGGCCCUUUAACGAUGGGAUGCUUUUCUUUCAUACUCCAUGUAAUGAAAAGAGUCCCUUGCUAACUUCAAACCCUAACUUAGGAAGUAAUUUGCUGUUGGAGAGUAAUGAGAACAAUAGUCUUGCCAUUGUUACUUCUAAUGGAAGCCCAAGUUCACUUGGAGGUGAUGACAAUAUGGAUGUUGAUGAAAAUGGGUAUCAUUUGAUUGUACCACAGGUUCUGCAUAAAGAUAGACUUACUGAUCUAGAAGUUAGAUCAAUUGGUCUUGGGAAAAUUGGUGUUAGAUACUAUGAAAAAGAUGGAGUUAGAAAGUGUAUCAGUAGAAUCUGGUGUGAAUGGCUUGGGGAUUGUCAUCCUAAUCAAGAUGAUACAAAUACAAAUACAACCCCACAUCAUGACUUUGCGAUUCUGUCAUUUUCAUUUAACUAUGACAUGGGCAGAAAGAAUGUGCUAGAUGAAAUGUUGUUUUUGCCUUCCUCAGAACUAAACAAGGAGAACAGAGGAAAGAAGAGGAAGUCAUUCUCUGAUCCAGAAGAUAUGAGUGAAUCUUUGAGCAAUCAGUGCGAAUCUUCAGGGGAAGAAUACUUAACUUCUGUUGACUCUAGCUCAAGAAAACUUGUAAAAUACGAUGAUAACUCACUGAAAUUGGGAAUUAUACCUAGCCGAAGUGUGAGGAAAGAGUUAAGGGUGCAUCGACGUGUAGCUUCAGAAAGAGUGUGUGAUAUCUGUCAACAUAAGAUUCUUCUUGGUAAAGAUGUGGCUACACUUCUCAACAUGAAGACUGGUAGACUUGUUUGCAGCAGUAGAAACUUGAAUGGGGCGUUUCAUGUAUUUCACAUUUCGUGCCUUGUUCACUGGGUGCUUUUCUGUGAGUAUGAAGUUUAUACAAAACAACUAGUUGCUCCUAAAGUAAAGAAGCGAGGUAGAAGGAAGAAAGGUGUGAAUAUUACUGAAGCUGAAAAGGAGGAAAGAAAGCAAAUUUAUUGUGCAUUUUGUCCAGAAUGCCAGGGGACUGGUAUAGACAUUGAUGGAGAUGAGUUAGAGAAACCAACAGUCUCCUUGUCUGAGAUGUUCAGGUAUAAAAUGAAAGCAAGUGAUGGACACAGAGAAUAUAGAAAAUGUCCUGAAAUGUUGCAAAAUUGCUCAACAGGGUUUCAUUUUCCUACCCAGUCUGAAGAAACAAUGCAGGAAAACGUGACACCAUUGAAGAUGCUUCGAUUCUAUCGUGCUGUUUGAGUAAUGAGUAGUGGCUUCAUUGUAUGUAUGUAGUUGUACAUUGGAAAAACAUCUCAAGUAGGUCCUUGUAGUUUGUAAAUGUACAUGUGUAUCAUUUCAAGUAUAUGGUUCUUUGUUUGGGUUGUGGUUAAUAAUUUCUAUUUUUUUGUAUGUUUUUUUUAUUAUAUAACAAAUUAAUUGAACACAAGAUGUUGAAACAUUGAGUAUGUAUUGUAAUGAAGAACCAAUUCAUGGCCGUUGUAUGGAUAAAUGAUGC